GGAAAUUCCAAGGGUACUCACUUCUCCAUCAUGUUAAUCGUUUUACAUUAAGCCUUCAAGGUUAUUAAUCUAAUUAUAUCACUCAUGAUUGCCUCCCUACACCUCUUUAAUGGAACAGAUACCAGUAAAUACGUAGUAGUUGUGCAGCCCUUACUGCUACUCCCCACGUUUCAUCGCCAAAAGCAUGGCCACUAAUCGCUCGAGGCUCCACCUCUAUUCCCUUCCAAAUGAGGUGUUCGUUCAGAUCCUAUCCCCAUUGCCAACCCACUCCCUUCUCCCCUUAACGACGGUGUCCCACCGGUUUUAUGCUUUAAUAUUACGGAUCCUACACUACCGAAUUCUUGUCUCUGUAUCCCUGAGCGAAUAUAACCUUAUGCUCGACUGCUUAAAUCCGAGCUCAUAUUCUACUGAACCCCACGUCUUUUGCAAAUACCUCGGUACGGAUGGUUUGAGUAACCAGUACGAAGGGAAGGGCUCAUUGUACGAGAAUAUUGAUACAGCACAGCAGCUAGGGAGACUCGGUUCCCUAUAUUCUAGAUUUCGGCCCAGUGUGGUAGUAAUGCAAAGUAUCGGUGGAGCAAGGCGUUUCUCAUCAGCGGGUAGGGCAUCUGCAGGGAGAUGUAUUGUGCAACUCAAUGCUGAUUGUGUCGAAAGUCAACCAGGAGCAAGCGGACAGCUCAGUCGUGACACUUCCUAUGCAUCUAGAGGCAUUCGAAAAUUUCAUCCAAUUAUGUAUAGCCGUGAAUGUAGUAGAAGUGAUGUGGGGGAGUAAUUUCCCUCUGGGAGCAGUGACAGUUGAAAACGGGGUUAUUAGGUUAUUUAGAGACUGGCUAAGGAACCAUGCGAAACAUUCCGGUCAGUCUUUUGAGUCCUCACCAGAUUCGGAAGAAUCCGAUCAUUCCGUCUGUUCGUCGACCAGCG